UUUUUUGGUAGUAAAUAUGCGAGGACGAGGCGUAAGUAUGUCGGUACGCGGACGAGCAAGGAAUGUGUGAAGGGGGGCACGGACAGACAGAAGCGAAAGAGGAAGGAGAGGAACAAGGGCGGAGGGAUAUGAUUAAUACGGCAGCAUUAUUUUCUGAUUUUUUGCAGCACGAUCCGCGAGCGCAAAUUGCUUGCAAAUAAAGGCGGCGUCGACUAUCGCCGUUGGUAGGACAGCGGAAAGGAGAGAGGAGCGGAGACCGAGAGAGCCGGGCUUAAUUUAAUUUAAUUAUGCCUUCUUUCUUCGCUACCAACGUGCCAGAAGAUAGAUGGCGGAGCUCGGAAUCGUUUGAAUCGCUUCGCCAACCGACGUCCUUUAGAAUCACCAUUUUCGCGAGAGAAUUUCGAAUUUCCACAAGGUCCACGCGUUUUUCAUCUCUUCGAUAGGUAUUUCUUUCAUUACCCUUGCAAUAUACUCGUUACGAUCGCGUACGGUGAAAGAAACGGUGGAAAGAUACACGGGUGCAUAAAGAAUUUACUGAAGCAUCGAAUUAAAUGUUUUUGCUCGCCCCCGAUGCAAGAUAAUCGUCGUAUGACACGGUAAAAUUUAAUUAAACGUAAUGUCUCCGGGGUCUGGAGCGAUGCAUUUUCAAAACCCACCCAAGUGGCAAUCACGCGAGCGGGCACAUUAAACCCGACCAAGCAAAGAGUGCGAUAUUUAUUCGUAAUGUGCAUCGCAAUUCGUCGUGGUUUAGCAUCAGUCAUAGUCAUCGCGAGCGUGCGCACGUUCAUAAUGAACCGUACGAUUAGGAUAUCCCGUUUGCCCGAUGAGUUUCGUGGACGAACAGGUAAUUGUAGGCAGUCGAAGAAAAGGGAAUAAUUAGCGAUAGUCUCCGGAAUCGAAAUAUGAAAAUUAUUUCUAAAGUCUAUCGAAAGGGAUAGACCCUGGAGGGGGUGUUUCUCUCGUUACCAGAGGGAAUAUGCGCAGCUCGAGUUCGGUUAAAGAGAAAAAGGGCCGACCCUCUACCGGCAUCCACCCUCUGGUGUUUCGUUUUUACGUAGAAAAAUGCGUGUCCGCGACUAAUGCGACGCGAAAGGAAGAGAAAAACGUAAGCAGAUAUAAAAGGAACCGAUUAUUCCAGCCGAUUACCGAUUUCCGGCCAGUUAACGAUUUUUUCGAAUCGUUUACAACGCGAGCCACGGUCUCGAUUAUUACCCAGUCAUUACCGCGUGUAUUUCGUUGGUUGCUUUCGAAUUUCACGCGUCGAAUCGCCAUCGAUCCGUCAUCUACACGAAGAUCGAAGCCCAGAAACCGUAGUCAUGCGAAUUAGUCGUGGUAAUCCGACGAGAAAAUGGCUUGUAAAAAAAAAAAAAAAAAGAUUCAUCCCGGUACGUGUCUAAUUCUCGUCUCGUAUAUUAUAAUUCAAAUCUUGUUCCGUUUCUUUCCUAUCGUGAUUCAAGAUUAUACGAUUUCCACGAUCGAUUCGAUCUAUUCGUUGUUACUUUAGUAACACUCUAGUACCCUCUAGCCGGGAGGGACGUAUUUAUUACUCUAAUUAUUCCAAUAACGGUGCAAUUAAGUUUCAUGCACCGACACGCUGCAUUCCCUCGAUCCUGAACACAAUGAAGAGAAUUCUUUCAGCAUAGUAACGGAAGACGAGGAAACUAUUUCCGCAAUAGCGACGAGUGAAAUUCGAAGAGGCGUCGGAAUUAAAGCGAUUAGAAAGGUAAUGACUUUUCAAAGGAAAAUUCACUUAUCCGAAAGAUGGUAAAGCGUUCUUUUAUAUUUUUCCUUUUACCAUUUAUCGUUUUUAGCAGUUCCUUCAACCGGCAGAAAUUUAUUGAGAUACCGUAGUGGAAAAAGGAAAUUGUGCUAAGGUAAGCGUGAAUGCAGGAACCAAUCUUAGUAAAGCGAAAAAUUGCGAAAAAUGUGUGUUACGACGUUUCGCGUUGUACCGUUUCGAACAUCGUUAUGUUCAAUUCAUGGUAGAUUUGCCGGUCGAUAGGAUUUCACGUGCAUUACCGCAUUAGUGCACUUCAUCGCGAUAAGUAACAAGCUGUAAACUGCUUUCCCCGAUGCGAUGCAGGGACUGAGCGAUUUUGUUACUCGGUACAAACGAUAAUAGCACGGCCGCGCGCACACCGGUUACUUAACGUUCAUUAUAAUUAACACGCUCGAUGCCUUAACUUUCCCAGGAGGAAAGCGAGAAUAAUGUGCGUUUGUAAUCGGCCGCGAGCACGCAUUUAAUUUUAUCAUUUCCUCGAGCCACGCUAAUGACCGAGGAAUUUAUAAAAUCUAACUUGUCUAUCUGUCUAGCAAUUUUACUCGAUUCUCCGACUCCUUUAACCCUUGCCACUCGCCAAACAUUACCGUUAACUUUUAAUUGAAAUAAUUACACGCGACUUGCGAUUGCAUUUUCCAUGUCGUGUCGUAAUCAGAAUUAAUUCGAUAAUUUUAUUCGUCAAAUUUGACCCCGUUUAAAGAGUCUACCUUGUCAAUUUAUAAGUCCACAGUCUUGGAAUUCACGCAAGAGUGUAAUGAACGAUCGCGGUUCGAGAGAACGGAAGCGUGGAAGAAGCCGGUGAAAGCUAACUCAAUCCCAUUUCACGAAUUCCGGGUGUCUUUGAACGGGCGAACUCCGCGUUCCAGAACAAUUAACCGAUGGCAAUUAAGAGAUCUAAAUUAAUUCGUUAUAAACAAGGCAGAUAUUCCGUAGCGAGCUAAGCCACGUAAUUGCCCGGAUUCUCACAAGCCUCGACGAGAAGAGAGAAUCCUUGUCUUGUACACCUACACUCCUCUCUACAAUCGUGUUAAUACAUAAUGUAUAACCGUGUACGUACACCGGCAAUUCACCGACACACGGUAUCACGGUAAUAGCAACAAUUACUUUAUUUUACCAUCUUCCCGGUUCACAAACGAGCAGCCACCUAAGCAAUUUCAUUUCCUCGUAUUUGAAAUAUCCGCUUGAAAAAGAAACCCAUCGCGAAGAGGACUGAACUUUCUUUUCUUUUCUCGGUGCUCAAAGUAGAAUCGACUGUUUAGGCGCGAAUUAAAAAACUUAACUCGUAGAGGUUGAUUCGCGCCAUAGUUUAUAUCAAAGUUAAACGAAAUUAUGAAUUUUGAAUCGUUUGAAAUUGAUAAGCGAUUAUGGUGAUCUCGUGUUAAUUUUAUCUAAAGUUUAAGUAAAACUUAAUUGUGUGAAUAAAGCCUAAGAUGCGACUCGCAUAGUACAAGGAUAGAACAAUGCGCUGAUUAGUCGCGAUCUUUCGGUAUUUAUGCCCGCCACGGUACACUCGACACGUAACGAUGGCCUUAAUUUGACGAUCAAGAUCGGAGAAAAUUAUAAGUUACCGUUUCCUUGGAACAGCUUCCCGUUGCCGUGUAAUGCACCGAAUUGAAAUUGUAAUUCGAACGCGUGUGUACGCGGUUGUUUAAGUUUCACGUGUGCACCGAUGCUGAUUCAUUUUAUCCGCGCUUAUCGGGGUCCUUUUAAAGCGAUAGCGAUCGGUAAUUAUAUGAAUCAAUUAAGGAAGAAAAGAAACUACAGGUGAUUCUCGAACCGCGUUGUUACUCAUUCAAUAAAAGAAAUGCACGAACGUUAAACCGAGUUGUUACGACUUGAAUUAUAAAUAACUUUAUAGCUUCUUUUUUUUUUUCUUUUUCAUUUUAAUAUGCCAUUAACGCGAGUAAUAAUAGUUUGAGUUGAAGCGAGCAAUAAGUUACGUUUUUAUAAUCUUCACAAGAUUUUUUAUAAAUGUUCGAGUUAUUGUUGUUAGCGCAAGCUUGAGAAUGAAAAGAACAGCUAGAAACUCAUUGUCGCAAGAAUACACGGUUUGCGAAAUUUUAUGUAACAAUUUCAUCGUCGCGCGACUACCGCCAGUUUCCUGACGCGAUAACGUUGCAGCGCACGCUAAUUGUCGUUUUUCACGUACGUUUCCUCGUUUUAGACCGUCCUACCUGCUCGACGAGCGACAUUUUAGCGCUAACGAGUUGCAGUUUAACGACACUGUUCUACGGACUUAAUUGGCUACCGUUGAAUUUAUCGUACCGUCUGUUUCGCUUAUUCUUUUGUUUCACAGACUCGUCAAUGGUACGCUCAACUUUCCACGACACCCUCGCCAACCACGAAUUAAAUGCUUCCAUUCGCGACGAUGAACGACAAAUGGAGCCACUGCUUGCUACCUAACGUUCGGUUAUCUUCGACAUACGAGUGGUCAUGAUAUCGCAUUGUCGAUUGAAGAGGUUAUCGGAGCAAUGAACAUUCCCGCCACCGGCGUCAGGGCCGAAGGAUAUUCAUUUCAUCGCUGAAAGGCCGGAGUCUUCGUAACAGCUUUUAAAAGGUGACAAAAUCCCCUUAGAGGCACGCUUCGCGAGGGUGGACUAAGUUACAAUUAAUUAAUUGACUUCGAGCCCCUGUAAUUCAUGCGGAACGAUUUCACGGAAUGUCACGGACGAAGGGCUAAUCGUGUUGCUAACUACGUUAUACACGGUGGUUCGACCGGACCAUACCCGCAUGAGUAUCGUGACAACGGUGGAAAGUAAAGGGAAGGAUAACGAGGGGACAGAAGAUGAGGCGAAGGACCAAAAGGUUGAGGAAAAAGAUAGGAUCGUAUCGGAAAACCAAGCCCAGAGAUUACAACAGACCCAAUCGUUGCCGCAUCUGCAACCCACCGACACGCAAGUGGACAGAAAAGUGGAGAUCACGAUCGACAACGCGUCAGACUCCAUCAGUAGUCAAAGGGUAUACAAGAAGUCGUCGCCAAACAACAAACUGACGCUUUAUUUGGCGAGCAGAGAUUUGAUAGUGAGCGAGUCGAGGAUCGACAAACUGCAGGGCGUGCUGUUGGUUGACCCUGACUACUUGCAAGACAAAAGGGUGUACGGGCAAAUCACGUUGACUUUUCGAUACGGUCGAGAGGAUGAAGAGGUAAUGGGACUGAAAUUCUGCAACGAGGCUGUUAUGUGCCUAGCUCAAUUGUACCCACCGUUUUCUGGCUCUGAUCACCAGGAGACCACACCUUUGCAGGAGGCGUUAGUGAAGAGAUUGGGUUCGAACGCUCACGCGUUCACCAUGGAAAUCACGUCUUUAGCACCCCCAUCGGUGCAAUUGGUGCCGGCGAAGGAAUACAAUGGGGCACCUAUAGGUACCAGCUACGACGUCAGAGCUUACGUGGCCGAACGAGCAGACGAGAAAUUGCAUCGGAAAACGACCGUCAGAAUGGGUAUCCGUGUAAUACAACGAACCUCGAAACCACCAUUACCAGACACCGGGGUCUACAGCGUUCCAGUAUCCGGCAGCCCGUUCCUUGCUUCUAGAAGUCAAGCUUGCAAAACGAGAGUCACGUUCGCUGAGAACGAAAUCGCGGAAGACGAAGAGAAUGCGGCACCGCACGCUGCAGUGGAAAAACCUUUUCUAUUGAGCGACGGGCGCGUGGGUUUGGAAGCCAAACUGGACCGUGCGAUUUAUGCCCACGGAGAUUCAAUCGCGGUUCACGUCAACGUCAAUAACAACAGCAGUAAAUCCGUGAGAAGGAUCAAGGUGUUCAUCGUACAACACGUAGACGUGUGCAUGUUCAGCAACGGGAAGUUCAAGAACGUGGUGGCUUUGUUGUCGUCGCGAGAAGGCUGCCCGAUAGGUCCUGGCUCGUCGUUGCAGAAAAGCUACACCCUCAGACCAAUAAGAGGUUCGACGAAAAAUUGGAUCGCUUUGGAGGACAGCUACAUGAAAGCAGGAGCUACAUUGGCCUCGACUGUCGUUUGCCCUGGAAAUGGUCCAGAAGACAGAAACGUCUUCGCGAUAUACGUUUCGUAUUACGUAAAGGUGAAGCUGUUGAUCUCAGGAAUGGGUGGCGAGGUGUCCCUUAAAUUACCGUUCACGUUGAUGCACAGCAACACAGACUCGGAGUUAGUAGGAUUUCCAUCUCCGAUCAGAGAGCCAGGAAAGCUAUCAGCUAAUUAUGGAAGAACCUGUGAGGAAAUCACCGACAAUCUAGAGAAACCGGAAGAUAACGGGCACAAGUACAAGGGUAGUAAAUUGGAGCCAAUUAAGGAGAAACUGAAAGAAUCGAGGGACAUCGACGUGGAUCUAAUAGAACACUGCGAAGAGGGUGACAGCACCUGAGGGCAGGUGCAAGCGACCGAAACAUCAUCGACAAAGAACAAUGAAGUAAAAAACGUGAAGAACACGAACCACAAAAACUGCAAAUUGGGCUUUGAUAUACAAAGAGCUUGGUGUUGCUUUAGGAGAGCUUCUUAGUAACGGGGGAAGAUACAGAACGCAUAGAAAAAUACCUAUGGUGUUUCCCUUUUAUCGUGAAAGAAUAAGAAGUCGAGAUGUUUAAUAACUGGUGCAAUAGAGAAAGAAAAGAGAACAUUGGUGGAAACGUAUGACUUUUAAAACAAAAUUUGUAAUUCUUAUUUAAUUAUUUACAAAAAUUUAUUCUUAACGUUUUGCCACAGGGUCAUCAGUGACUGGCACCUCAAAUUUAAUGCUUAACUUUUAUCUUUAAUGAAUAUUACUUUACUGUAGUAGUCAAUAUGUUACUGAACUGAAUUAAGCACGUUUCUCUGGAAAAAUUGGUUUACAAUUAACUUCAGUAAUUGCAAAUACAGCUACAAUUUCUGCAGUUCCUAUCACCCUAUUUCUAAGAUGAAAGUCAUACUGCCCUUCUAACUAUUUGCAGAGCAAACUCAUAUUUCAUGACAUAAUGUAAAACUUAUCCCAUCCACACGCUUAAAAUCAAUCAUAAACAUUGAUCAAGAGGAUUGAACAUUCCAAAAUCUAUUUUUUUAGCUGAAAAAUGUCUAUUAUUAUCAAACCUGAUUCUUACUUAUUUUGAAAUAAAUGUAUCAAGUAAUUAAAUACAUAAAAAUGUUAUACCUUUUAGGAUAAGUUAAUGGAGCAGGUGUCUUUGAUGGUAAUCAAUGCCUAAACUGUGUACUUACUUCAUUGUAUAUGCACACUCAUGCAUACAGGUGUAAAACUGUACAGACUAUAUCUUUAUCAUUGUAAAUAGAAUAUGACUGUAUUAGGGUAUGUGUGAAACUCUAGCCUAAUGCUAUGUAACUUCUAAAUAAUUUACAACUAAAUAAAAUUUUUGUGUAAAAUA